AUGAAGGAGAAUGGAUAUAUCAUACCACCUGUUCUCCCAUCCGAGGUCCGAUACGCUGCUUCGUCGACGAAGAAUAGAACAACAUUUGGACCCGACAGAAUAACAGGUAAACACCUUGCAGUUCUCAUCAACUCACCGGCACGACUCUUCACAUGUCACCUAUCAGAAUGGACAGUUCCUAUUCAAAUAUACACCAGCAAGGCUGUGUUACUGUUCAAGAAGGGUGACCAACACGAUAAUGGCAACUACCGCCUAAUCUGCUUGCUCUCUUUCGUCUACAAACCUUCCACUCGCGUCAUUCUAAACAGGAUUGACAGAACGCUGGACGAAGUACAGUCAAGUGAGCAAGAAAGGUUUCGAAAAGCAUUCAGCACGAUGGAUAACAUCCACAAGAAAACACGACUCACUGGAGUAUCACGACAGCAUAAAAGAUCGCUCUAUCUCACCUUCAUCAAUUCAAGUAAAGCAUUUGACUCAGCUGAAAGAGAAGAAGAAGAAGUCAUGAAAGUCCUGGACAGUCAAUGCGUGAAUAAGAACUUCAUAAGAACAUUUCGGCAUUUACACUAUCCCCUCUUCGUUGCUGACAUAGUCCUUAUAACACCAACCAUCAGCCAAGCGGAAUAUAUGCUUACCGACUUUGAUAAAGCCUGUGGAAAGAUGGGUCUUCGACUAAAUCUCACAAAAACGAUGUUCAUGAAGAACGGAUUGGUUUCGUAUGCCCCAUUCACGCUCAACGGAACGAACAUCUCCGUAUGCUCCAGUUAUAUCUAUCUAGGUUGGGAAAUGAACAUGUUGAACGACUUAACUCCAGAGUUGAGCAGAAGGAAACGAGCGGCUUAA